UAUCAUUUGCAGAGGUUAAAAAAAGAAAAAGGAAAAAGGCAAAACUAGAUUUUAUGAUAAAUGAAGGUUUCAUCUUUUAAUGGGUUUUUCGAUUUCCGUUCUCUAACCUACUAGAUAAAACAGAAACUGGGCUUUGAAAUUUGAGCUCAAAAACUAACACGAGAGAUAGAGUAUUCUUGUGGGUUAUUAGUAAAAUAUGAGUAAUUGGUUGGGGUUUUCUCUGACUCCACACCUGAGCAUCGAUGAAGGUUUUGGUGGAGGUGGAGGUGGAGAUGGAGAUGGAGGUUACUCUUCUUCUCAUAUGUCGGUCAUGCCCUUGCGUUCUGAUGGCUCUCUUUGUGUCUUGGAUGCUUUCAGGCGUUCUAAUGGCGGAGAUUGGAGAUACGCGAACAGCAUGGCUACUGCAACUAAUCCUGAUCGAGAAGGACCAAAGCUUGAAGACUUCUUGGGCGGUUACUCCAACUCUACUCAAGAAAACAACAAUGUCUAUUUUCCUCAAAGGGAGGAGAAUCUCAACAAUGGCUGUGGAAUCAACAUGAACGUACCUCCAACCUACAACACCAAUGGCGAGAGAGAGGAUUUUUCAAACCCAUCUGCAUUAAUCCCAUCCUUCCAUUACCAUGAUAACUCUCAAGCCUUAAUCCCUUCUGUUCCCCUUCACGUUCCUCUUGAGAAUGCAACUUCAAUUUCUGGGUUUAAGUCAUGGUUACGCCAAACACCAUUUUCAGGUGAUAAACCCUCGUCUGAAGCAAACAACCACAAUUUUGAAUCACUCUCGCUCUCUGUAAGCCCUGGCUCUGAGUCUGGGACUGCCAUAGCUGCCGGACCUUCGUCUUCUGGUGGCUCUGAGAGCCGGAAACGCCCUAUUAGCAAAGCUCUCACCCGGGAACCAGUUCCACGUAAAUCAAUCGAUACAUUUGGACAAAGAACUUCUCAGUAUCGUGGCGUCACUAGGCAUCGAUGGACUGGGAGAUACGAGGCUCAUCUAUGGGAUAACAGUUGCAGGAAGGAAGGACAGACAAGGAAAGGAAGGCAAGUUUACCUUGGUGGGUAUGAUAAGGAGGAAAAAGCAGCUAGAGCUUAUGACUUGGCUGCACUGAAGUACUGGGGACCUACUACUCAUAUUAAUUUUUCGUUGAGCACUUAUGAGACAGAGCUUGAAGAGAUGAAGAACAUGACCAGGCAGGAAUUUGUUGCCAGCUUAAGAAGGAAAAGCAGUGGAUUCUCUAGAGGAGCUUCUGUGUACAGAGGGGUGACCAGACAUCAUCAACAUGGAAGGUGGCAAGCAAGAAUAGGAAGGGUUGCAGGAAACAAGGACUUGUACCUUGGAACAUUCAGCACUCAAGAGGAAGCUGCGGAGGCCUAUGACAUCGCAGCAAUCAAGUUCCGAGGGACGAGUGCUGUGACAAACUUUGACAUUGGCAAGUACGAUGUUAAGCGGAUUUGCUCUAGCAGCACUCUCAUUGCUGGUGAUCUUGCCAAACGCUCCCCAAGGGAAUCCACUGUGAUUGUUCCUGAAGAUAAUAGCUCCUCUGCAAACUCGCUGGCACCACCUCAAUCCCAUCUUGCCAUUACGAAUGGUGAGUCCUCGGAUGAGUUGGUGGAUGAUGUGAUAUGGACCACCAACAGCUCAGAGGUACAACAGCAACAGAACCUUAAUAACACUGUGUCACUGGGACCUUCAAUGAGCAAUCCAGGUUCUUCGAACCUGCAAAGCUCAAAGCAGUCUUCUGCAUCACAUAAUGAGUAUGGAGUAGGAGGGGGAGAAUUGUCCCAAGCAUUCUUCUCAUUGCAUGCUCCUAAAUAUGAGGAUGGCAACAAUGGUGAUGGUGAUGGUGGUGGUGGAGACAACAUUGUGAGCAACAGCGGGGGAGGAAAUGUGGACUGGAUGGCAGCGAGCAGGCCAAUGAAUCUGUCAACAGUUCAUCAGCUUCCACUGUUCGCAUUGUGGAAUGAAUGAGGAGUGGAGGAGAUUGAAAGAAAUCAAGAGGUUGUAGCAGUGAGUAGGGGGAGAUUCAUAGGAGGAUGAGACUGAGGAGCUAGUUAGCUUAGGCAUCAAGAAAUGGUAUACUCGGAACACAGUUUUUUCUGCAGAGUUCAUAUUUUACUGUGUACAUGAAACUCAAAAACUCCUGAUCUAGUUCUAACCAUCCUUAUUUCUAAUCUUUAAUCUGAAAAUUUGUUUCCUUAAA